AAAAAAAGAAGACGACAGGCGUUAUAGCCUUCUCAGAUAAAACCCUUCAACUCACACUACAUACUACAUGGUCUUCUCUCUUUCCUAUUUCCUUCUCUCAAUAGACUCUAGAGGGAGAAAAGAGGAGGGUCUGAUGAGGUUGAGAUCUAUUAUCUUCUUCAUGGUAUAAUGAAAAGCGGAUUCAAUCUCAUCUUCUCAGAGGGAGAUGGCUUUACAGGAAGAACAAACCCAAUAUUUACAGAACGCACAAUUGAUUUUUGAUGGGCUUUACUGUCAAGAAGAGAGCUUUGAGGAGAAUGAAAACUGUGGGAGUGAUAAUGGGUAUGAACAAAAUGUGGGAAAUGACACACAUUUCGCACUUUUGGUUCUUGAACAUGACGUGUUUUGGGAAGAUGAGGAGCUAUUGUCUCUAAUCUCCAAAGAGAAACAGAGUUGUUUUUGUCUUGAGCACUUACCCUCUGAUGGGUCUCUUAUGGUGGCUCGUAGAGAGGCUAUUGAGUGGAUUUUGGGGAUUAAGGCUCACUAUGGUUUCACUGCUUUGACUACUGUUCUUGCUGUGAACUACUUUGAUAGGUUCAUUUCGCGCUUUAAGUUCCAAAGUGACAAGCCAUGGAUGGGUCAGCUCAUUGCAGUGGCUUGUUUAUCUCUGGCUGCUAAAGUAGAGGAAACCCAAGUCCCACUUCUCUUAGACUUGCAAGUGGUGGAAUCAAAGUAUGUUUUUGAAGCCAAGACCAUACAGAGGAUGGAACUUUUGGUGCUGUCUACUCUACAAUGGAAGAUGAAUUCUGUGACUCCAAUUUCCUUCUUUGAUCACAUUAUAAGGAGGCUUGGAUUGAGGAAUCAUUUGCAUUUGGAGUUUCUCUGGAGGUGUGAGCGUUUACUUCUCUCCACCAUACCUGAUUCCAGAUUCGUGAGUUAUCUUCCUUCUGUAUUGGCUGCUGCCACAAUGCUGCAUGUUGUUGAAGAGAUUGAGCCAUGUAAUCCUGUGAAAUACCAGAAUCAGCUAAUAGAAGUGCUUAAAACCAAUGAGGAUGAUGUUAAAGAGUGCUAUAAAGCCAUCUUAGAAAUAACGGGCAGCCAGAACAACAAACGGAAGCAUCUGUCUGAUCCUGAUAGCCCAAGUGGUGUGAUUGAUGCAUCUUUCAGCUGUGAUAGCUCAAAUGAUUCGUGGGCUGUGGCAUCAUCAUCUAACUCGCCCUUACUGGAGCCGCGAUUCAAAAGGAGGAGAGUCAAUGAUCAGCAGAUGCGAUUGCCUUCACUAAAUCGUAUGUUUGUGGAUGUCAUUACCAGUCCUUAUUAAUCUGUCCUUGUUUAAGUAUCUUGUUUUAAACAUGUUCCUCUUUGCAUAUUGACCAGCAGUACGGGUUCUUAUUGUGCAAACAUUCUGGUUUAUGAAUGGUAAUUGUUGCAUUUCUGCACACCCUUCAUAUUAAAUAAAUAGUUAACAUCAAUA